GAGAUCGCCGAGGCGGUCUACAGGACGAGGGUGGUGCUCACCGAGCCUGAGUGCAACACCCUCGAGACUACGAACGAGGACUCCUUGCCGGACAGCUUCGGCACAAAGGAAAUCCUCCUCCGCUUCAGCGUGGACAGCUCCACGCUCGACGACACCUUCGGGGCCAGUCAC